AUGUUCGACUAUAAAUAUCUUGGUCGUGAACAUCUAGAAGGCUUCGAUAACUACAAGUAUAUGGCAAGGGAUACGAGUCCUUUAAGUGUAUAUGUAAUGCAUCCGUUCUGGAACAAAGUUGUUGAGCUAGUACCACGUUGGAUAGCACCGAAUGUCCUAACAUUUGCAGGGUUUCUAUUAACGGUGGCUGAUUUUCUCCUGCUAUCUUUCUAUGACUAUGAUUAUUAUGCUGCGACCACUAAAUAUAACACAACAAGUACUGAACCUUUGAACGGACACACAGAAGUCAUUCCACAAUCGUUGUGGUAUCUAUUGGCUGUUUUUCUCUUCUUGGCAUACACUUUAGAUGGUAUUGAUGGUAAACAGGCCCGUAGAACACAGACAUCGGGGCCUUUAGGAGAGUUAUUUGACCAUGGAUUGGAUUCAUACUCUGUUUUCUUCAUACCAGCAUGCCUUUAUUCCAUAUUUGGUCGUCUGGACUACUCAAUCUCACCUAUCAGGAUGUACUACGUGAUGUGGAAUCUUUUACUGAAUUUCUAUUUGAGUCACUGGGAGAAGUAUAACACUGGCGUGUUGUUCCUACCUUGGGGUUACGACUUCAGUAUGUGGACAUCAACAUUCGUGUUCCUAUGGACGGGAUCCCACGGCACUUCAUACUAUAAGAAGAACCUCUUCGGUUCAUACACACUGGCUGAUGGGUUCGAGUGGCUCAUUUACGCUACUGGAGUAUUCACUAACUUGCCCGUCGCUGUAUAUAAUAUAUAUCAGUCAUACAAGCUUAAGACAGGUAAGAUGAGAUCUCCUAUUGAGGCAGUACGUCCGUUAUGGUCAUUGCUCAGCAUCUUCAUAGUGUGUACGAUCUGGGUUCACUGGUCAUACAAUUUACCUAACAGCGACCCGCGAGCAUUAUUUCUUCUUAUUGGGACACUAUUUAGUAAUGUAGCGUGUCGUCUCAUAGUGAGUCAGAUGAGUAACCAGCGUUGUGAAGCAGUCAAUUGGUUGUUGUGGCCGUUGUCUCUGUGUGCGAUGUCUUCACUGGCCACUCCGCAGUAUGAGCCACUGUUCUUCUACACUAUGACUAUGUUCAGUGUACUUGCACAUGUGCAUUAUGGAACUUGUGUUGUCCGUCAAAUGUGUGAACACUUCAGGAUAGGCUGUUUCCAUAUAAAGCAGCGUUCAGACUGA